AGAAUUCAUCGCAAAAGUCGGAUUGCAGAUGGCCAUGAGGGGCCCAGUGGGCCCCAUGGGACUCACGGGCCUUCCGGGAGAUGUUGGGCCGCCGGGCGUCGAGGGCCAGAAAGGAGAAACCGGCGAAAUGGGCGAACAGGGGCCCAGAGGUUUGAGAGGAGUCAUGGGGAUGCCAGGAAGGGAGGGGCGAAGAGGCAAACCAGGCAGGGAUGGUGAAAGAGGCAGCAGUGGCCCCACUGGUAUCAAGGGUGAACCUGGGCCACAAGGAUUACCAGGCCUGCCUGGGGAGAAAGGCGAGCGUGGGUUCCAUGGGAAAUCCGGAGGUCCCGGAAUGCCGGGUCAUGACGGGAUUCCCGGCGACGAGGGCCAGCAGGGUCUACCAGGACUGCCUGGCGAAAUGGUAAGCGUGUCAAACUUGGGUUCUAAAAAAUAUGGAAAGGCGCCGAAAGACGCAGUUGCCAUUAUGGACAGGGUCCAAGGGGGUUCCCCGGAGCCAGAGGCUUCCCUGGGCAGCCUGGCCCACCCGGGAUCCCCGGCAGUGAGGGCAAAGAAGGCCCCAAGGGCGACCAGGGCCCAUCUGGCCAACCGGGCCCGCCGGGACAAGGUGGCCCAACCGGCAGCAUCGGGCCACCGGGACCACUGGGGCCCAUGGGACCCAUCGGCCCGAUCGAAAUACUCGGGCCUGCCUGGGGAGAAAGGCGAGCGUGGGUUCCAUGGGAAAUCGGGCGGUCCCGGAAUGCCGGGUCAUGACGGGAUUCCCGGCGACGAGGGCCAGCAGGGUCUACCAGGACUGCCUGGCGAAAUGGGUCCAAGGGGGUUCCCCGGAGCCAGAGGCUUCCCUGGGCAGCCUGGCCCACCCGGGAUCCCCGGCAGCGAGGGCAAAGAAGGCCCCAAGGGCGACCAGGGCCCAUCUGGCCAACCGGGCCCGCCGGGACAAGGUGGCCCAACCGGCAGCAUCGGGCCACCGGGACCACUGGGGCCCAUGGGACCCAUCGGCCCGAUCGGUCCGAUCGGGAAGCCGGGCAUGCCAGGAAUCCCAGGGGCAGAUGGCAACCCUGGGCACCCAGGAAACCCCGGGAUAGCUGGAGCAAAGGGUGACAAAGGACCAGCAGGUCCCCAGGGCUUGAUCGGAUUCCCAGGUCCCCGGGGACCCAAGGGUGACCAGGGUUCGCGUGGUGCCCAGGGAGAGAAAGGAGACAAGGGAGCCCUCGGACUGGAAGGAGAAAAAGGAGACAUUGGUGAAAAGGGGGCCAGGGGGCCAGCUGGGCCCGAUGGAAGUCCGGGUUUGGAAGGACCUGAAGGACCAAAGGGCUCCGAGGGACCUAUUGGCGAGACUGGUAAAGCAGGUGCCACAGGUGAAAAGGGUAAACUGGGCACCCCAGGGUUUCCAGGAUAUCCCGGGCCAUCUGGACCAAAAGGAGAGAAAGGUGCCAUUGGAAUGCAAGGAUCGAAGGGCGACAAAGGCGAACGAGGAAAUCCAGGACUUGCCGGGGAACGAGGAGAAACUGGCCCAAGAGGUUUUCGAGGAGCAAGAGGACCCAGAGGACGAGAAGGAAUCACUGGUCCAAAGGGAGACACUGGAGAACCCGGGCCAAGUGGGCCACAAGGAGAACGCGGUGCGCAGGGUUCUGAGGGUCCGCGCGGGUUUGAAGGCCCGCCUGGCCCACCAGGUCAAAGUGGCAAAGACGGGGUUGCUGGCCCACCUGGCGAACGUGGCCCACAGGGUGACUCCGGGCCUCCAGGGCCACCUGGCCCAACAGGAGUCGUUGGGCCGAUCGGACCUAUUGGGGAACCCGGUCCAAUUGGGGAACCUGGUCCCCCUGGGAUCCCUGGUCAACCAGGAGAACCCGGACUGCCAGGCGAAGCAGGAAAAGAGGGUCCUGCUGGACCCAUCGGUACCACGGGCAACCCUGGGCCACACGGUGCCCCGGGUCUUCCUGGGUUUCCUGGAGAGAGAGGACUUCCUGGCCUUCCUGGAAUUCAAGGUUUAAAAGGAGAAAUGGGACCCAGAGGACCGAUAGGACCCAUGGGACUCAAAGGAGACACUGGUGAGUCUGGUAAACAGGGACCACAAGGGCCACCUGGGCCAACAGGGCCUGUGGGUGCACCUGGAGGCGAUGGAAUCAAGGGGGACGCUGGUGACCCAGGGCCACCAGGGCCAACUGGAAGAGAUGGACUGCCAGGACUCAGAGGCCUGCCUGGGGCUCCUGGCCCAUUGGGUCCCCCUGGUGAGGAUGGUGACAAGGGAGAACCAGGGCCACCAGGGGAGAAGGGAUAUGCCGGAGCCAAAGGAGACAUUGGACCAACAGGGUCACCAGGCAAGCAGGGCAUCCCGGGUUCUCCUGGCCCAGUUGGUCUUCCAGGAGAGAGAGGACCACCAGGAAACAUGGGACUCCCAGGCAGAAAAGGAGAACAAGGACCAGAGGGACCGAAUGGACUUCCUGGAAUGCCGGGUCUUCAAGGCUUGCCAGGACCUCCAGGGGUUAAAGGGGAAGCUGGAGAUCAUGGGAAAAGAGGUCCACCUGGCCCAGCUGGAAAGCCCGGUGAGGCUGGGCCAGCUGGCAGUAAAGGUGGGGGAGGCCCACCAGGUUUGCCCGGGCCUGAAGGCAAACAGGGCUUCAAGGGGGAGCCUGGGAAUGCUGGGCCUCCUGGGCCACCAGGCAUUGAUGGGAUUCAUGGAGGACAAGGCCCACCGGGAGCAAAGGGAGAAGAAGGCAAGCCCGGGUUGCAGGGUUCCCCGGGGCCAAGAGGCAUCAUGGGUCCUGUGGGUCCAAAGGGUGAACAUGGACCGAGAGGGUUUCCUGGGAACCCAGGAGAACCCGGGAUCCAGGGUCCCAAAGGUGAUGACGGAGUACCAGGUGAUGAUGGGUCCCCUGGUCAAACUGGCCCAGCUGGGAAAGAAGGUCCUCCUGGGGAAAUGGGUCUACCUGGAUCCCCUGGCAAACCGGGUCCGCCAGGUCCAGCAGGACAACAGGGUAGCACAGGUGCACAGGGUGUCAUGGGUGACAAGGGUGAAAUGGGCGGUAUUGGCAAACCUGGCCCACCCGGCAUGACGGGAAUGUCUGGGGCACAGGGCCCUGCUGGACCGAUAGGGUCCCCUGGUCCUGUGGGCGAUGUCGGACCCAUCGGAAAAACGGGAUCCCCUGGGCAACCAGGUUCCACAGGCCUCGACGGACCCAAGGGUUCCAAGGGAUCUCAGGGUACCAAGGGCUCCAAGGGUCAUCGUGGUGACAUGGGUCCAACGGGCAUGAAGGGUGACGUGGGUGAAAAAGGUGAACCCGGCGAAAAGGGACCAGCAGGAAUGAUUGGUGCCAAAGGAGAAUUGGGUCCAACUGGAGAACAAGGUCUGAAGGGCAACGACGGACCUCAAGGGGUACCAGGGCCACCGGGUUCCUUGGGACUCAAGGGCUCCGAGGGCCAAGCUGGCCCCAAGGGCGACACUGGUCCUGUGGGCCCUGCUGGACCACCUGGCCCACCAGGAGAGCUUCCCAACAUUCCUCUCGAACUACUGCUGCAAAAAGACGACCCCACUUCCUUAUGGAGACGAAAACGAGAAGCACCCGAGCUGAAGAAACUGGAUUUGACAGACGUGCAGAAAGAAGAAUUGGGCGGUAAAUUGUUGGACAUGUACACAAACAUAGUGGCGAUGCGACAAGAAAUCGAACGCAUGAAGAAGCCCCUGGGCACAAAGGAAUUCCCUGGCAGGUCCUGCAAAGACGUCCAUUACGGACACCCAGAUUUUCCAGAUGGCUGGUAUUGGAUCGACCCGAACCUGGGUAUGCCGGACGACGCCAUCUACGUGUUUUGCAACAUGACCUCAGGCGGAGAGACGUGCAUGUUCCCUGAUGUCCAUGCCUCCAAGAUGCCCAACAUCCCCUGGAGGAAGACCAACAACCAGAACUCCUUGUAUUAUUCCCAACUUCGCGGCGGGUUCCGGAUUUCGUACGAGACCGUUGGGACAGUGCAGAUGACGUUUUUGCGACUGCUGAGCGAGAAUGCGAGACAAAAUUUCACGUACACUUGCAUAAAUUCAGCUGCCUGGUUUUCCACCGAAACGGAAGAUUAUCGAUACGCUGUGAAAUUCAUGGGAUCCAAUGAUCACGAGUUCACUUCCAAAAAAUUCAAGCCCACCAUUUUGGACGACACUUGCCGGUCUCGGAAACGCAACGGCAAAACCGUGUUUGAGAUGACGCAAUCCAGGAGAUUGAACAUGUUGCCAAUCGUGGAUUUCCAGCCAGUGGAUUACGGCCAACCACACCAAGCUUUCGGGUUCGAAGUCGGUCCAGUCUGCUUCAAAUAAUUUCCUCAGUCCAUUUGAGACUGCAAAAACACUGCCAAUAAGUUUCCAAUUCGAUCCCACUACCCACCUCAAGUCUUUCAAACUCCCCAGAAAUUUGUAAAUAACCCCUGAACCCAGGUGAAUUUUUUUUUUUCGUGUACUGCGCUGUAAAUACUGCACGAUGUUAUCCGGGUUUGUUUUUUCGUUCCCCAUUUUAUUUUUCGCAAAAAAACGAAAGAAAAGAUAUUCAGCGAUCUGUGAGUCCUGAAACUGAUGUGUUCCAUAACCGCAUGGUGCAAAAAAAGAAACACUCCUUUCUAGCUGUUUUUUUUUGUUUGGUGCUUUUCCUGGGAUCGGGAGAAUAUUUCAAAUCAUGUGUUCACAAAGAAGAAAAAAAGAAGAAAUAGUUUUCCUUUUGGGAAAACGUGUUGCUCAAAGGCGAAUAUACUUCGUUGGGUGCUGUUGUGGUUGAGAUUAAGCUGAGUGUGGUUUUUCUCUGCUGUUUGAGAACUCGAGAAAAAAAUAUAGACAUGAGAGA